AAGUUCGGCUGCGCAAAAGACGCCGAGCCCGCGGUCUUCGCCGCAUAUCGCGCCUUCAGCGAUGAUCCGGUGCCUGGCCUUGGCGUUGCUGAGCCUCUGCAGGCCGGCGCUGGCAGACGAAUCCUGGCAGGACACGCCAAUUUUGACCUCUUUGUGGCAAGCAACCUCCAGCGGCGACAAUGAUGCAAUGGACAGGCUCCUGGAUAGCAGCGAGAGCGCAGUGUCCGCGCGCUCCGGGGACGGGCGUGGCCUCGCGUGGUGGGCCUGGGAGUUUCAGAACGUUUACGCUCUUGCAUCCAUCAUCGUGAAUGGCGGUGACCCACUGUCUGAUGACGAGGACGAGGCGGGCAAGGCAGCCUUCACCAUGUGCACGGACAAUCCGGAGUGCAGCAAGGACAGCGUCAUGAAGCAAGCCCGAGGCUUGGUGGAGGACGUGCAGAAGCGGAAGGAGCAGCGGGCGGCGGACCGGGAGAAGGAAGACUUCGAUGAUGAGGACGAAGAGUUGGGAGACGACGAGUUCUGAGAGCUUGGGGCUGAAGCGGCUGAAGAGCUCUGCCCGAGCUCUCGCUGUGUCGGUAGUGAAACGCCAAAAGCCCAAAGCCCCCUGAAGAUGAACCAGAGCUGUUUUUCUUUGUAGGGA